AUGCGCAAGGGCCUUGUCAUCUUCCUGGUGAUCAACCUCUUAAUUGUCGCCUUUCUCAUCCACAGCGUGUCAUCACUGCUCGCUCUUCUCAUAAUAGAUGGCUCCGCCGACGCCAUUCAUCAGUCUGAGAUCCCCGCCCCCAAUUCGGGCAUGAUCGACACUCGGCCCCAGCUCAUCCCUAAGAUCAUUCACCAAACCUAUCUCAAUGAGUCCAUUCCGGACCAUUGGAAAGAGGCGCAGCAAAGCUGCAUAAAAUUGCACGGCGACUAUGAGUACAAGCUGUGGACCGACAAAAAAUCGAGAGAAUUCAUCGCGACGGAGUAUCCAUGGUUCCUCGAAACCUUUGACAAUUACGAGUAUCCCAUCCAGCGAGCAGACAGCAUUCGCUACUUUGUGCUCUCGCACUUUGGCGGCAUUUACAUUGAUCUCGACGACGGUUGCAAUCGCCGUCUUGAUCCUCUUCUCUCGUACCCAGCGUGGGUACGCCGCACCCUGCCCACUGGUGUCUCCAAUGACGCCAUGGGCGCUGUUCCGCAGCAUCCCUUCUUCUUGACCGUGAUCGACUCCCUCCAAAAGUACAAUCGCAAAUGGCCGCUGCCCUAUGUCACGGUCAUGUACUCUACAGGACCGCUGUUCCUGAGUGUCAUUUGGGAGGAGUACAUUCGAUGGGGUACCAGCGACGAGGGACGUGUGCGCGUUCUGAUGCCCGAUGAAUACAACAAGCAUAGCUGGAGCUUCUUUAGCCACCACCGGGGCAGUAGCUGGCACGGCAAGGAUGCUCAGCUGAUUUUCUGGGUAAGUGUUUACCUGCGCGAGAUAUCAGAAUGA